GUUUCCCCACCCCACACUUUAAUAAAUAAAUAAAAAAACCCAGAAACCCCAAAAAAACAGUGUUGCAAAGUGCAGUGAAAUUCUUUCUCCUCAAGCCUCCAUUGAUUUCCGUGAAGGCCCUCCAUUUUUAUUAUUCCCACCUCCCUUUCCACCUCUCUCUCCCCUCCGCCCCCCCAUUGCUUUUCGUGCGAAUCGAUCUUGUGAUGAUAAUUAAGCCCCCCGUUGCCUCAGAGCCGUUCUUGGGUCGUCGUCGCUGAAGGAGCUGAAGUCCAGGUCGAACUGUUCGUGGGGUUGGGUUCUUUUUUGCAGCUGUCGAUGCAGAAUCUUGAUCAAGAUAAGCAAGAUCAGAGGAUAAGUUCUGGCAUGGAAGAUUCAAAUCCGAUGACUGUUGAGGAACUUCGAGCUCGAUUACUGUCGGAGAGAUCAGUCUCUAAAACUGCAAGGCAAAGAGCUGACGAAUUGGAAAAACGGGUAGCGGAGCUGGAGGAGCAGUUGAGGAUUGUGGCUUUGCAAAGGAAGAAGGCUGAGAAGGCUACAGCUGAUGUUCUUGCUCUAUUGGAGAAUAAUGGCAUUAGUGAUGUUUCUGAGUCAUAUUACUCAAGUUCGGAUCAGGAAGUGACACCACGUAAGCUGAAAGUCUGUAAUGAUUCAAACAAAGGAGGAGAGAGCUCUGUUAGUUCAAAACAACUAGGGCCCGAAUCAGAGGAAUUUUCAGGUACCGAGUUUGAUUCUGCAUCUGGUAGAAACUUGUCCUGGAAAGGCCGAAAGGAUUCCUCACGAUCUCAUGGGAAAUAUAAGGAUACUUCUAUAAGAAGGCAAACCAGUCUUGCAACAAUGUCCUCAUCUUCAAAACAACGCCCAGGAAAAUCAUGCCGUCAAGUAAGACAUAAAGAUCAAAGACUAGAAUCCACUGAGGUCACGAAUGGGUCUGCUAAAGUUGAUUCUCAAGAAAAUGAAGAUGUCAAAUCUUCCGAGACUUGCCAAGAUUCAUCUGAAAUAGGGUGUGAUGUCUUUAGAGACGAUCCUGAAUUGCACUUAGGAAAGGCAGUGAGCCACAGUCCAGUUUCAGGACAGGUAGAAAAUGAAGGAAAUGUAGUCAAUAGUAUCCUUAAGAGCAAUGAAGAUGGAGCAGAGAGAGACAUGGAAAGGGCACUAGAACAUCAAGCACAACUCAUUGGCCAAUAUGAAGCAAUGGAAAAGGCACAACAAGAUUGGGAAGAGAAGUUCAGAGAAAGUAAUAGCGCUACUCCGGAUUCAUGUGAUCCUGGUAACUACUCGGAUGUUACUGAGGAUAGGGAUGAAAUAAAGCACCAAGCUCCAUAUACUCCACAGACAAGGGCAAUGCAAACCGUCAAAUGUAAACUUGGCACUGAGGAUGCUUCUACUGAUAACAAAUUGUUGGGAACUCAAUCAGAAAGCUUCCACCGAGGUCCGCAGCCCGGAGUGGAAUCCGCACAAGGUCAGAAAUAUUCUAUAGCAGUUGAUAAUUCCCCCAGUCAAGAACAUAUACAUUCAAUGUCAAGUAGAAAAGGUAAACAAGAGAGCCUGGCAAGCAACUAUUCACCGGCACAAGACCCCCAUAAUAUGGGUUAUGGUGAUCCUCAAGGGAAGCAGUCAGCACAUGGUUUUUCACCUUCUGUGAGUGACUCGUCUCAUAAAGUCGAAGCUUUCGGAAACCAAGCAGGACACAAUGCCCUAGUUCCACAUGCAACAGCCGGAGCGCAUGGUGUCCUUGAUUCGCUCAAAAAGGCUAAAUUACUGCUGCAAAACAAAAUGAUGAGAAUGCCAGUUUCAGAUCACGGACCUCUUCAAAAAGCAAUUGAACCGUCUUUCCACAAUAUUGAUAUUGGGGGCAAGAUGGAUAUUCCCGGUGGAUCUCCCGGCCUUUUCAGAGUCCCAACAGAUUUUUCACUUGAUGCAGCAAAAGCCAAUUUGCUGGGUUCCAGUUCUCGGUUGGGGUUAGCGGGUACUUACCCAGAAACUAGAGCUGCGCUGUCUUCCAAUGACCGAUCUUUAAGCAGUCACUACUCAGAAAGCAGGGCAAGUUUUUUCAGAGAUGAUAGAUAUAUCUCCAGCCCACUCACAGAGGAUGCAAGAAUGAUUUUCCCUAGACCAUCAUCAUUCAACCCUUACUUGGACCACCGUGUUCCCAGUUCUUACACAACAUAUCCUCCUUACAGUUUUCAUACAGAAACAAUGUUGGGAAUGCCCACGAGUGAAGGGUUUCCACAAACUCUUUCAGGUUCAGCUGGUGCAUCUUCUCACACAGAUCCAUUUUUGCUUCACGGUGGUCUUAGCAGACCUUAUAUGUAUAGAUAGCCUGUCAUGUGUAGCAGAAAAAAGGAAUUCCUCUAGGUUAUUCUAGUUUAGCUUGUUAACUGAGGUUCCUGAAGGCCCAUAUAUUCUAUGCUUGUUUCCUGCGAAUGCGUAUGACACCGAAACGAGAAACAGUCUCCGAGAACAGGUAUAGGCACAAGUGCAUCCGACCAUUUGAUGAUGUUAUCUAUCUGUUACGGUUCUUUUGGAACCCAUCUGGCAGUCGUAUUGAUACUCUGCACGGCUCGUUUCAUGCUUA